AUGGGGCGCGUGAAGCUGGCCAUCAAGCGGAUCGAGAACAACACGAACCGGCACGUGACCUUCUCCAAGCGCCGGAACGGGCUCAUCAAGAAGGCCUACGAGCUCUCCGUCCUCUGCGACAUCGACAUCGCCCUCCUCAUGUUCUCCCCCUCCCGCCGCCUCUGCCCCUUCUCCGGCCGCCACGGGGUGGAGGAUGUGCUUCUCCGGUACCUCAACAUGUCCGACAACGACCGGGGAGAACCCAUCCAGAACCGGGAGGAGAUUCAGAAGGAGAUAUACGCGUGUCAGCAGCAGCUGCAGAUCUCCGAGGAGCGCCUCAGGCUGUUCGAGCCGGACCCCGCCGCGUUCGGUUCCAUGGGCGAGAUCGACAAUUGCGAGAAGUCCCUCAUGGACAUGCUCACCCGCGUCGUCGAGAGGAAGCUGCAGAACUACCUGCUCAGCAACCUGGCCCCGUUCGACCCGACGGCGCCCGGGAUGCAGGGCGGGAACGAGGCGCAGAUGUACGUGCACGCGAUGAAGACGGAGGAAGGCGGCGGCAUGGGCACGUUCGCCGGCGACGCCGCCGCGCUGUGGGGCUCCGACGACGGGCAAAACCCCGGCCACCAGAUCUUCGGCGGGACCGACCCGAUGAUCUACCUCAGGCACGGCGACGUCGGGGGCAGCAGCCAGACGGCGGAUCCGUGGCGGCAGGCGUACAGCUACACCGAGCUGCUCUCCACGCUCAUCCCCAACACGCCCUUCCCUCUCAUGCAGCACUGCCUGGGCCCUGACGACGGCCAGUACCUGCCGGCCAUGGUGCCGGCGGCGCAGGACCAGCUGGAGGCCUCCGCCAGCUGCUCCUACAACAUGCCCACAAGCGAUGAGAGCGGCACGCCCGUCAUGGCGUACGACGGCGGCGGUGGCGUGCCGCCGCCCAACGUCGGCUGA